AUGCUUGACGAAAACCUCCCCACUUUCGUUCUCAAACCCUCCAAGGACAAACCCAAGCAGUUAUCCACCUUCCUCUACUCUCAGUAUGGUUCAGAGUUCGAACCUUCGUACACUCUCCGUCAUCUAGAUCCUGAACAACAUGCCUCCAAAAACCGAUAUGCUGCCGCCCUCUAUGACGCUUUCAGUACUGAAGUCCUCUUCGCUGAGGUUCUACUCAUACCAGAAUGGACUCAACCUCCCUCUCUUUCCGAACAAGCCAGAGCCAACGGUACCGUACCUCCUCCUCCCGAACCUAUUCUCCCUUCCCAAUUCUCAAUUCAACUCUACAAUCCCGACCAACAAAUCACCGUAAGACACAAGCCCGCGGGUUUCACCUCUGCAGCAUCAUGGGAGUUCGAAAUGCCACAGCAGACUUUCCGGGCCCCAUCGGCUUCCGCUCUCGACCGAAGUCAGCACGAUCCUACCGCUUCAGAAGUUACCCCCAAAAUAGGAUUCAGAUGGAAGAAGGAUGGGAAAUUCUCCAAGGAUCUCGCCUGUUUUCUCUCCGGGAAGAGUACUGAUAUUGAUGGUAAAACGAAGCACAAAGAACCCGAUAUUACUGUCUCCAUCUUGAAAGGCUUGAAGGAGCUCACGCUGUAUGAACCCAAUCUACAAAGGGUGGACAUCGAGGACACAAAAGGAUUCGAGGUUGUCUUACUGCUGAGUGCCAUGGUUAUUCGAGAUGUAUACUUUGGCUCGCUCAAGGAGACUUUCAACCUCACCACAACCGGGCGGAGAUCGAACCCAGCCAGCCCUACAUCAGGGCCUGCCAUUCUAACCGACUCAUCUCGGCCCUUGCCGGGUUCUCCCCCAUCAAAUAGCAUGGCUCGUAACCCUCGGGUCCCUCCAACUGAUCCUCGGAGUCAGUGGGAAAUUGAUGCCGAGACUGCUCGGUUGAAGAGACAAGCAGAAGAGGAGGAACGCUUACUGAGACGAAGAGAAGAGGAAGAAGAGCGCAAGACAAAGAAACUGCUCGCUGCCGAAGAACAAGAACAGCAGAGACGGCGACGAGCCCAGAUUGAUGCAGAGACGGAGCGACUGAGGAUGCUCUAUGGCCAGGAAGACGCUUCUGCUCGCCCUGCCAUUCCCCCUCGAGUUCCUCGGGACCCUAGACAGCAAAGACAUCAUUCAGACUCCAGACAAUCUGCUUAUCAGCAAUCACAACAGGUACUCAGCCCUCAAGCUUCGUUUCCCAAUUCUUGGGGUGGGCCUUCUGGACCCCCUGGACCAUACAUGUCGGGCGCCGCGUCUCAGUCCAGUUUCCUCAGUCCCCAUCCUCAACAACAGGCAUUGAAGCAAAAGUCGAGCAUUUUCAAUUUUCGACGCAGAAGUGACCACGAUGCAAACAAACUUCAACGAAAGAAAAGUGCCGUGUUUUGA